GGGAGACAGACAGGUCGUACCCAGGCGAGGCUGCUGCUUGGUUUGAUCUUGUCUGCAGCAGAAGCUUGUGCACUCGUGCUGGACUCUACAUGUGUUUCUGCUAAAACAUCCCUUCCUUCACAACUGGAUCCGAAAUGCAUCAUUCGCACCUCGAGCUCUUUUCGCAAUCCCAUCCAAGGGUCUCUGCACCACCCUGACUUUGACCUGUCGCCCAUCUCACCCGCACCACAGUCGUCGUCCCAGACACCUUACUCUCGAGUCUCUCGAGGGCUGGGCUGGAACUGGGACUGGAACGCCCGCCAAGUUCCGUCUCCUGCGGCCCUUUAG